CAUUCACACACAAGCAGAGAUGGCAUACACAGAUGAGGAGGAGCUUUUGAAUCUUAGCCUUGCGAUUGUCACAGAAUCGGGUGGUGACAGGACAAGGAAGAGGAAGAGAGGGGAUGCUUUGAGCCCAAUGCAUUCAUAUGAAGGCUGCGAAGGGAAGAUAUUUAGGCUUCUUCAAAUGAGGGAACAAAUGCUAAAGCUAGACCGCAAGAGAUCACAAGCAGUAGCUGAAGACCAUGGAAAUGGCCUCCAUUUGAUCCAUUCGUUGCUCAUAACAGCCACCGCAGUCGACCAAAACAAGGUCGGCUUGGCCGUGGAGAAUCUGACCGAGUUGUACCGGAGCGUCUCUCUGACCGGCGGCUCCCUGCAAAGAGUUGUCGCCUACUUUGCAGACGGUUUGGCAGCAAGGCUUCUCACCAGAAAAUCUCCCUUCUACAACAUGAUCAUGAAGGAGCCUACAGACGAAGAAGAGUUUCUUGCAUUCACCGAUCUCUAUAGGGUGUCUCCAUAUUACCAAUUUGCUCAUUUCACUGCAAACCAGUGCAUAAUAGAGGCCUUUGAGAAGGAGGAAGACCGAAACAACAGAACAUUACAUGUUGUUGAUUUUGAUGUCUCUUAUGGGUUUCAAUGGCCUUCUCUUAUUCAGUCGAUUUCCGAAAAGGCAUCCACUGGAAAUCGAAUAUCCCUCAAGAUAACAGGAUUCGGAAGAACCAUGGAAGAACUGCAAGAAACAGAGGACAGGCUGGUAAGCUUCUCAAAGGGGUUCCGAAACUUAAACUUCGAAUUCCAGGGAUUGUUGAGAGGCUGCAACAAUCUUGUUAACUUAAGGAAGAAGAAGAACGAGACAUUGGCAGUAAAUUUGGUUUUCUAUAUGAACACUUUGAAUAAUGAUCAGAAGAUUUCUGAUCUAUUGAAAUCUGUACAUUCUCUUAACCCCUCUGUUAUAAUCUUAGUGGAACAAGAAGGCAGCCGAAGCCCACGAAGCUUCUUGUCAAGAUUCAUGGAGUCAUUGCAUUGCUUUGCAGCAUUGUUUGACUCACUGGAUGAUUGCCUUCCACUGGAGAGUGCAGAAAGGUUGGGAAUUGAGAAGAACCAUCUUGGUAAAGAGAUCAAAACCUUGCUCAACUAUGAUAAGAGUGAAGCAAAUUGCUUAACAUAUGAGAGGAUGGAAACGUGGAAGGCAAGAAUGGAGAAUCAUGGUUUCAUGGGGAUUAGAUUAAGCUCCAAGUCUAUUAUUCAAGCAAAACUUCUUCUUAAAAUUAGGAGCCCUUCAACUUGUCCCCUUCAGCUUGAAGGAGGGAGUGGUGGUGGUGGUGGGUUCAGAGUUUCUGAAAGAGAUGGAGGAGCAAUUUCUCUUGGGUGGCAAGAUAGGUGCCUGCUUACAGCCUCUGCAUGGCAUUGUGUAUGA